AUGUAUCUAUCUAUCUAUCUAUCUAUCUAUCUAUCUAUUAGUCUCUUCAUAUCUAUCUAUCUAUCUAUCUAUCUAUCUAUCUAUCUAUCUAUCUAUCUAUCUAUCCUUAAUAGCAUUUUUACAUUGUUACCUCCCUUAGUCCCAUCCCUAACCACCCUCUGCAUAUUCCCUCUCUCACAUAACCUCUCUCACAUUGUCUUCUUCUUUCUCUCCGACAAGCACUCUCUCCCCCUACCAGCGAUUCGCUUUUAUUCUCGCCUCUUCGUGUCUAUAAAUACGUCUUUUGAGUCUAAGCUUUUCUCUUCUUCUUCGCUCACCCGGAAUAAUCAUUUUGUCAUUCGCUCUAUUCCCUAUUUAACUUUCAAUUUUUCCCUCUCCCUCACAACUGCUCCCCUUGGCCUGCGUUUUUUUUUUACCCUGCUCUUUUCCCGCCACCCUCAUAACACUCUUUUACCUUCGUUGUCGGUCCGAUCGCCUGCUGUGUCUGACUGA